AAUUUACGUGUCACCCACAUCCGCACAAAGCUCUCUGGGAAAGAGAGUCCACUCGCUAAAUAAUCCAAGCCUGUUCUCUUCGCUGUGAACAAGAUGCCGGCCGUCCAUAAAUUGCUUUUAGAGGAGGCUUUGCAGGACAGUCCUCAGACUCGCUCCUUGCUCAGUGUGUUUGAGGAAGAUGCGGGAACACUCACAGACUACACCAACCAGCUGCUUCAGUCUAUGCAGAGGGUUUAUGGAGCCCAGAGUGAGAUGGGAUUGGCUACAGAACAGCUGUCCAGUCAGCUACUGGAAUAUGAGAAGCAAAAUUUUGCCCUUGGUAAAGGUGACGAGGAGGUAAUCAGCACACUGCAGCAAUUUGCCAGAACUGUGGGGGAGCUGAACACACUACACUCAGAGCUGGCCUCUCAGAUGGCUGACAGAAUGAUUUUUCCCAUGAUCCAGUUCAGAGAGAAAGACCUUACAGAGAUAAGCACAUUAAGAGAAGUAUUUGGCAUUGCCUCUGAUGAGCACGAGGCUGCCAUGGUCAAGUACAGCAGACUGCCCAAGAAGAAGGAGAAUGAGAAGGUGAAGGCAGAGUUGGUGGGGGAGGUGGCCUACUCCAGGAGGAAGCAGCACCAGGCCUCCAUGCAGUAUUACUGUGCCCUCAAUGCCCUGCAGUACCGCAAGAGAGUAGCUAUGCUGGAGCCCAUGCUGGGAUACACACAGGCCCAGAUCCAUUUCUAUAAGAAAGGCAUGGAUCUAGUCUCAAAGAAAAUGGACAGCUUUCUGGUGUCAGUGUCCAGCAUGACACAAAGUAUCCAGGCUCAGUUGGACUCAGAGGCUGAGGCCAUGCGUCUGACCCAGCGAGAGCUGCUCUCCAUGGAGGAUACUGUGUACAUGCCUGACCGUGACCCCGUCCCAGUCAACCGCACGCUUAUACAGAAGGCAGGCUACCUCAAUAUCAGGAAUAAGACAGGCCUGGUGACAACCGCCUGGGACCGCCUUUACUUCUUUACCCAGGGAGGGAACCUCAUGUGCCAGCCGCGAGGGGCUGUGGCAGGGGGUAUGGUGCUGGACCUGGAUAACAGCUCCGUCAUGGCCGUAGAGUGCGAGGACAGACGCUACUGUUUUCAGAUCACCUCCCCCUCCGGUAAAACGUCAAUGAUUCUACAGGCAGAGAGCAAAAAGGAAUAUGAGGAAUGGAUUUGCACUUUGAACAACAUUUCCCGACAGAUCUACCUGACAGACAACCCUGAGGCAGUGGCCAUCAGACUGAACCAGACAGCCAUCCAGGCGGUCACGCCCAUCACCAGCUUUGAGAGGAGAGGGGAGGGCUCGCCCAACCCAGACAGGGCUAAGCCAGGUGGGGUGCAGUCCUCUAGCAGUGCUCCAGAAGCAGAGGACCUUAUAGUUCCAGGGACACCCAUCCAGUUUGACAUCAUGCUGCCUGCCUCGGAGUUCCAGGACCAGAACAGGGUCGGAGGGAGGCGUACAAACCCAUUCGGAGAAACAGAUGACGACUGCUCCCCUGAAAGCGAUGACUCCCUGCUGCAGCAGGUGUUUGCGGUGCGGUUCCUGGGCUCCAUGGCGGUGCGUUCGGGACAAACCCAGGAAGUGAUCUAUGAGGCCAUGAGACAGGUGCUGGCGGCUCGAGCCAUCCACAACAUCUUCAGAACCACAGAGUCCCAUCUCAUGGUCACCAGCAGCUGUCUCAGGUUGAUUGACCCCCGGACACAAGUCACAAGAAUCAGUUUCCAGCUACAGGAGGUGACCCAGUUUGCGGCCCACCAGGAGAACGGCAGGCUGAUGGGCUUCGUGGUUGAGGGGCGAGACUGGAGCGAGGGGACCGAGGAGGGAGAGCCCUCCUUUAGUGCGUUUGUCUUCGAGAGCAACACGGAGGGAGAGAAGAUAUGUUACACUAUAAGUUUGGGGAAGGAUAUUAUAGAAGCAAAGAAGGACCCGGAGGCUCUAGCUCAGCUGAUGAAAAACAUGCCUCUGACCAACGAUGGCAAGUUCCUCCUGCUGGACAGUGAGACUGGUGACACGGCUAACGGAGGAGCACCGGAUGAGGAGGAGUCUGAGGCCUAGCCAUGCCUCAUAGUACCAGGGGAGAGAGUCAGAGGUUCUCCCACAAAACGCCUCAUGUGUGGUUGCGAUGUUCUCAUGAGCCCUUCCCCCUUGCUCUAGUCUGGUACAUGUUGACCAGGAAAACCCUCCUGGGUUUAUAUUGCGUCUCUCACUCAUGACCACUGAAGCGAUGUACAGUUACUUAUACAAAAGGGACAAUGUUUAGGUUGACUAUUUUAUCCCUUUAUUUUCCCUGGUGGAAUUAAUAUCCUCAACCAUCCUGUCAGUUUAAAUCCCUUUCUCCAGCAUGAGUAGGUUUACAUUUCCUAGCUUUGAGUUUAGUGGUACUAUUGUGUUAAUAAUGCUGCAGUAUAAUAUUGUGUAGAGAUGGCUGGCUAUGAUGACUUACAUGUAGGUCUUGUCAGCAGCACUUCAUAUGACAUUUAUACUGUACAUCUUUCAUUCCUACGAGACCAUAUUGCACUUCCAAGGUUUCUAUUUAAUCAAAGGCUUGAUGUCCGCGGCAGAAUGCACCGACUUCAGACAUGAUCCGGCAACAUUUAUGAAGUAAGGUUUUAAUCUCAAUGAAGGAUGGGGGAAGGUACUGUAUAGUCAGAAUUUUGGCGUUACCAUGUGACGCUAAACUCCCAUUCCUUGUUGUCUGGGAGGCAGCGAUUAAAGAAUGAAGAACGUGUUAAUGCUCCAACCAUAUGGGUCUUCGAACAGUGGGCAUGGUGGCAUAGAAGCCUGUUUGGGAGUAUGAAUGAGUCAUGGUAGGGCAGAAACCAUACUGCCAUACAGUAAGAUGAUAGGCACAUUGUCUUGUCCAUUUCCUUAAUGCUAUUUUGUAUUUUAUAAACCACUACCUAUAGAAUCUGCUUGAAGCUUUAUUUACUUACUAGUCGGGCUUCGGAUGGUACUUGGUCUGUGAAAAUAUUUCUCCAUUUUUUUUUUUUCAAAGGCCUUUGCAAAGUAAAUAUGACAUAUGUCAAACAUUGAAGAUUGCAUAGAGGUCUGUUAUUUUCUGAAUCAGUAUAAUAUGAGUGAUACAAGCGCAUGAAUUAUUUUAUGACGUGCUUCCAGUGGGAAGGUGUCUAGACUGUCUGCCUUUGGUACUGAACCAGAUUCAGAUACAGAAUAUCUCCUGACUUGUUCCAUUAACCAAUAGCAAGUAAGCAGAAUGUCUACCAUUCACCAAUAGAGAAAUGCUAACCUAAGCAAGACUAAGGCCUAGAUUCAAUCGGAUCAAGCGUUAACCGGCGAUAGCAGACAGCUCCAUGGCGGAUGUUUUGGAGGGGGAACUGCGUUAGCUCCGUUGAAUCGGUGAGCAGCUGCUCUUGCUUGAUUCAUCUCGACCCGGGCACCUGUGUAGGCUUGUUUUUCACCGCCAGGGCAUGAGCCAAGUGCGCCAUUCAAAGCCGACGGCGAGGUCGGCUCAAAACAAAAGUGACAUAAUUAAGCACGUGGAGUAAUGAGUAGGAUUGUGUGUUUUCACCUGCAAAAGAAAACGAGUUUGAAAAUUCAAACAUUUUAUGGAAAAGGGAUGUUUCUAGACGACGCACCCAUUCUGUUGAUAUGAUAGAGAGGUGCAGAUUACUGUUUGAUUUGAGGACUCUCCCUCACUGCUUUUGCCCGUUUACGUCACGGGCCAUAGACCUGUGCCCUGCGGCUCAACAUUGACGAAUCCGGCCAUUGUCACAAAGCCACACCCGCCCCACUCGAUUUAGAAGUUUAGAUCAAGAAAGUGUAGUCUAUAAAGAAAUAAUUACACCCAAAUUGAAAAUCAUUAAACUAAAUAAUGUGGAUUUCUAAUCAGCCUAAUACACAAGGCUGUGUGUGAUUUAUUAAAUUAGACUGCGUGCAGCCAGUGGCAAUGUCCACUGUGGGUUUAAUGCCAGGAGCCGCUUAUGAAUUUGACAGCUCUAACA